GUGUGUAUUGGUGUGUAUAAAGAGACUUACAUUGUUAUGGCAACCAGCAUCCUCAACUGAUGCAGUUCUGUUCCCAAUAAUAUGAGAUGUGAUUAAAAAUUGACAUUGCAGCAAAGAAGAACACAUGUAAUGCGUUGGCGUGGCAACCAGAAUAAAGUCUGGUUUAUUUAAACCAGGUUUAAAUCUGAUGAUCACCAUUUGGGGAAUUUGCCUACAAUUAAUUAGGAAUCUUUUUCUCAUUGGGACCAAGUCAGGAGGCUGGAGGUUUGACUGUGGUCAUGAUCUUAGCAGGCCAAAUGGACAGCAGUGUCCUUUUUCUGUAAAAUGAGGGAUUAGGUUAAAUCCUUUGGUGUGGGAGAGGAGCCCCCAGCUCUAGGCUGGACCAAGAGUUGCCCUGGUUUCAUCUGCAUGCAGUAUGUUAUUACAUCCACUUUCCAGUUAGAUCAAGGGAACUGAAGCACAGGGAAGCAGUGACUUGCUCAAGGUAACACCAAAACAGGAACUAUAUGCCAUGAAGUAGGUUAGUCUUUACAAAUGGAGAAAUUAGUGCCAGGAUUAAAUGAUGUCCUCCAGGUCACACUAGCAGCCGUGGCAACAGGGUCAUCCAAACGCAGGUUUGGUCAGUGCCGCCCUUUACACCAGGCAGGGUCAGAAUCGGGACCCACGCCCCCCUAGGCCUUUUCCUCUGGUCGCACGCCCCUUCACCCAUUGUGAAGCCGUUGUCUGACUCUCCUUGGCUCCCCUUCUCCUGGCUGGGGGUGGGGCGGCGCGGUAGGAGGGCGUUGGGCACCGCAGCGCCCUAGCCGGGACGCGUGCGGGAGUGCAACCCCGUCUUUUGUCACUGGCCACUCCGCUAGGGCCCAGCAGGGUCGCUCUCCGGCUCGGCGGGUCCCGCGCCCCCUGCACACAGUUGGCCGAGAUGCGGAGGGUGGGGGGCAGGAUGAAUCUCCACCGAGAAGGCGAGGGGAGAGGCCACUAGGCCCGCGCCCCUUGCUCCCACUCGGCGCUCGCCCCGCGUCCUGCAGGGAGGCGGGCCCGCCCCUUCUGCGCGCAGGCGCGCGCCGCGCGGGGCUCGGACGGCGGCUCGGCACCGGGCGGCCACGGGCGGGCCUCGCAGCUUGUAGGCCUACCAGGAUGGAGGGGAAUGCCGAAAUGGAGAUGCUGAGGACACUGAAGGGGCCCUCCACAGGAGAGGUCAACGUGCACCUGGUGGCCAGAGACAGCUCAGGUUCUGGCUCUCACCUGCCCACUACUGCCUUCAUCAUCCCAGCCAGCUCGGCCACCCUUGGCCUGCCCAGCAGUGCCCUAGACGUGUCCUGUUUUCCGCGGGAACCGAUCCAUGUGGGCGCUCCGGAGCGAGUGGCGGGCAGUGUACCUGUCACGGCCACCGUUCUGCCGCAGUUAAGCGCUGGGCCUGUGGCCAGCUCCAGCGCCACCACAGUGCGGCUCCUGGAGUGGACCGAGGCCGCGGCCCCGCCUCCUGGGAGCGGCCUGCGGUUCCGGAUAAGCGAGUACGCACCGCUGAACAUGGUAGGAGCAGAGCAGCCCCCGAGCCCAGAGCUGCGGCCAGAAGGUGUGGCCGAGUAUGAAGAUGGCGAGGCCCCGGCGGGAGGUGGCGAUGCGGGCACCCAACAGCCCGCGGACCUCCCCCAGGACCCUCCAGAAGAUCCCCCGCAGGACCCCCCAGAAGAUGAUGGGAACUGUCGGUGCCAGGAGUGUGGACCUCAGCAAAGCGCAGGUCCGGAUCCCGGUUCUUCCAAUGAUGACUGCCCACCGCUGUUCCAAGAGCGGUCAGUCAUAGUGGAGAACUCCGGCCAGAGCUCCAGCACCAGCGCUUCUGAACUCCUCAAACCCAUGAAGAAGAGGAAGCGCAGGGAGUACCACAGCCCAUCAGAGGAGGAGUCGGAGCCAGAGGCCUUGGAGAAACAAGAAGAAGGAAAGGAUCCAGAGGGACAGCCCACUGCCAGCACCCCGGAAAGUGAGGAGUGGAACAGCAGCCAGCCUGCAUCAGGGGAGAAGAAGGAAGGCUGGUCGUGGGAGCCCUACCUGGAGGAGCAGAAGGCUGUCACCGCCCCUGUCAGCCUCUUCCAGGACUACCAGGCGGUCACUCAUAAUAAGAAUGGCUUCAGACUGGGCAUGAAGUUGGAAGGCAUCGACCCUCAACACCCGUCCAUGUACUUCAUCCUCACAGUGGCUGAGGUGUGUGGCUACCGCCUACGUCUACACUUCGAUGGGUAUUCCGAGUGCCAUGACUUCUGGAUCAAUGCCAACUCCCCUGACAUUCACCCCGCUGGCUGGUUUGAGAAGACUGGGCACAAACUGCAGCCCCCCAAAGGUUACAAGGAGGAGGAGUUCAGCUGGAGCCAGUACCUGCGCAGCACAAGAGCUCAGGCCGCCCCCAAGCACCUGUUUGUGAACCAGAGCCACGUGAGUGGCCCCGAGCAAAGUCCCCCACCCCUGGGCUUCCAGGUGGGCAUGAAGCUGGAAGCUGUUGACCGCAUGAACCCGUCCCUUGUCUGUGUGGCCAGUGUGACCGACGUGGUGGACAGCCGCUUCUUGGUGCACUUUGACAACUGGGAUGAUACUUACGACUACUGGUGUGAUCCCAGCAGCCCCUACAUCCACCCGGUGGGCUGGUGCCAGAAGCAAGGAAAGCCCCUCACCCCUCCACAAGACUACCCAGACCCUGACAGCUUCUGUUGGGAGAAAUAUCUGGAAGAAACCGGGGCCUCUGCUGUGCCUACCUGGGCCUUCAAGGUGCGACCCCCACACAGCUUCCUGGUCAACAUGAAGCUGGAGGCCGUGGACCGCAGGAACCCAGCCCUGAUUCGUGUGGCCAGCGUGGAGGAUGUGGAGGACCAUCGGAUAAAGCUCCACUUUGAUGGCUGGAGUCAUGCCUAUGACUUCUGGAUUGACGCCGACCAUCCCGACAUCCACCCUGCAGGCUGGUGCUCCAAGACAGGGCAUCCUCUGCAGCCUCCUCUCCGACCCAGAGAGCCCAGCUCUGCCUCCCCUGGGGGCUGUCCCCCUCUCAGCUAUCGGAGCCUGCCACACACCAGGACCUCCAAGUACAACUUUCACCACCGGAAGUGCCCCACUCCUGGUUGUGAUGGUUCUGGUCACGUCACAGGCAAGUUCACAGCUCACCAUUGCCUCUCAGGCUGCCCACUGGCUGAGAGGAACCAGAAUCGGCUGAAGGCGGAGCUGUCCGACACGGAGGCCUCGGCCCGUAAGAGGAACCUCUCAGGCUUCUCCCUAAGGAAGAAGCCUCGCCAUCAUGGCCGGAUUGGACGCCCUCCAAAGUAUCGGAAGAUCCCACAAGAAGAUUUCCCAACACUAGCUCCCGACGCCAUGCACCAGUCCCUCUUCACGUCAGCCCUGUCGGCCCGCCCUGACCGCUCGCUGUCGGUAUGCUGGGAGCAGCACUGCAAGCUCCUGCCGGGAGUGGCAGGCAUCUCGGCCUCAGCAGUUGCCAAGUGGACCAUUGACGAGGUCUUCAGCUUCGUUCAGACCCUGACUGGCUGUGAGGACCAGGCACGACUCUUCAAAGAUGAGGCGGACAUUGUGAAGAUCAUGAGCGUCAAGCUGGGCCCAGCCUUGAAGAUCUAUAACGCCAUUCUCAUGUUCAAAAACGCCGAUGACACCUUAAAGUGAGUGGCUCAGGGCUGGGCUCUCCUCCAGCCUGAGCUGGGCCUCCCUCUGCAGCUGAUGCUUCCUUCCUGACUUGAGUUCCUCAUAUCCACCCCCCCCACUCCCAACACCCUCUACAUCUUACCAGGGGUCCUCCUUCUCUCCGGGGCUGCUUCCUACAAGGUACGUGGGAGCAGAGGAGCCCUGGGGAAUUUGGAGUCCUGGCUCCCGCGUCCUGGGGCUCAUCUGCCACCAGGCACACCAGUGAAAGUGUGACCAAUGGAGCAGAUUGGAGGUGCCCUGCCUAUGGCAGCCCCACACCUCCAGCUGACUUGUUUUAUCACCAAAGGGUCUUUUUCUUAGCCGUUAAGGACAAUCUGGUAGAAUGGGAGGCCUCCCGUCAGAGGCUCAUUUCUCUUUGGCAUCUCUCCAUGCUUUUCUUUCCUUGGCUCCUACCCAGAAGUGACCCUGCCACACACAUCUUUACUCACUCUGCUGUCUGGUUUUCCGGGGCAGGGCCCAUGCCAUCACCCACCCAGACCACUGGCUCUUCCCUCUUGGAUAGGUGAGCCUCAGAAGCAUGUUUUCAUAGGCCCACUGGGAGUUUCUGGCUGCCUUUCUCCCUUUUACCCACAAGUGGGGGAUUCCAAGCCAAGAUGCCUUUGUAAGCAUGCCCAGUUCUGGAUCGGCUAGCAUUUUAGUGGCCCACGCCAAGUCCUGUUUCUAGCAGAAUAGGUGAUUAGAGCCUGUUUUACCUCUGCAGAAAAGGUCAAGGCUCCACGGAUGUUCCCCAUAUACCCUUCCUCUAUCAGGUGUGGGGAAGAGGCAGCUCAAGGGUAUGUCAGACAAUCUCGGGUCUUUGGCCAGAGGGAAAGCUCCAGCAGGCAUGAUGGUCCCCAAAGCUGGGCAUAGCGUCCUUCCCUGCAGCCAUGCAUCUCAGCCAAGACAUUGCCCAUGGGGUGAGGGCCCCACACCUGCCAGGCCUCAAGCUGUGGGAAUAUGCCACUAUGUCUAGCACACAUACCUCAUGACAUCACAUUCGACCUGUCCCUUAAAUGUCUUGCUUUUGCAGAGUCUUACAAAGCCCACUUGCACUUGGGCCUUGGGAAGGCGAAUUCCUCUAGCUUUGAAUUCUCUGUGGCCCCUACCUUUCGUACCACCCUCCGUCUGUCCUGCACUGCCAGCCAGGUGCCUGCUGGGGCUCUGGGACUUAGACCUUUCUGUCCAAGUGGGGGCCUAGCCUCCACCGAGCCACUGCCAGGCCAGCCAGGGUGGGGCAGAGGCAGAGGGCCCGGCGGGAGCUGGCCCUACACAGAGGUGAGGAGCAACCACCACGCUUCUGUGGCCCCAGGUGCUGAGAUGGGCCCGUGGGGUGCAGAGCCAGGCCGCUUCCCUCAGUCACAUGGUGUGUGUGCACCUAGGGCACCCUUGGGAGUGUUUGACAGGUGCAGCUAUGAGGCUCGAUGCUGGGAAAAUGUCAAGGGCUAUUAUUGUUAAAAUAUGAAGCUUUAUCUUCCCCACAGAAGUGGGACACUCAAAGCUCUGUUGAUUUCCUGCCACAGUCCAGUAGGAGACCCUCUCUUACGUGGGGUCACACAGCUUUGCCAGCACAGCCAUUCAGCCACCCAGCUGAACUCCCACCUGGCUUCGGACGUUCCUUCCCUUCAGCCCCGAGAGGCAGCUCUGAGCACAGGCUUCCCGAGAGGAAAGUGGGCGGUCUCUGCCUCUGGCUGACACUCGGGUUUACGGAGGUUGCGUUGCCCCCUUGGCCAAGAGUAAGGAGGAGCGAGUCUGAGCCUCUCUGACUUGGUUGCUUGGGUGGUGGCAAAACUCACCAGCUCCUUGGCUUUGCUCCUCUUUGAAACUGAGGAGAGAUGCUCACUGGCUUUGUGGUGUGAAGAGGAGGCAGCAAGUGCUCACAGCUGUGCUGCGGGACCUCACCUGUCCUAGCGAGUAGGGCUGGGACAGCUUUGCCAUGUGGAUCUACCAACCACACUUCUAGUGCUUGCCCACGGGAAGGGCAAGGUGGACUUAGGGCCUUGAGAAAAGGACCCCCAGGCUCUGAACUUUGAGACCUCGGCACUUUCUGCACCAACGUCAGACUCUUUGGGAAAAAAAAAAAAAAAAAAAAAAAAAACAUAAAAAGAAGGAAAGAAAUCUGCCCUACUGCCCCUUCACCCCCAUCCUGUCCCCAGAUACUUGUCAUUGCACCUUGACCUGGGUGCCCAGUGAAGGGAGAGGGUUGGUGCCAGUGCCCAUGCUAUGUGCCUCUGCCCUGCUCUCCAGCAGCAGACACCGCUUACACUUUGGCCCCAGCAGCCGCGACCAGCCCUUGCCCAGCCCUGGCUUAGGGCGCUGAGGACCUUUCUGUUUAAUUUCUGAAGCAGAGAGAAUGAUCCCAGAGUUUGAAAAUGAAGCCUGUUUGCACUUUCAUUCACAUGCACUUUGGUGGAAUUGUUUUUGUACUUACCGUGUGUGUGUGUGUGUGUGUGUGCGUGUGUGCGUGUGCGUGUGCGUGCAUGUGUGUUCUUUAAGAGAAUCCUCUGGUUUAAGAUAAAAUGACUCUUGACUCUUGAGAGAGAAGAAGUUAAAACUGUGGUGUUUUGUCAGUGUAUUGAAACAACAUAAAUAAACUUGGAACAUCUGGAUGAUA